AUGUCGGUGCCCGAAGAUAAUUUGGCGAUGCCAGACAGCACGACAAGGGAACAGCGUCUUGGUUUUUCUCACGGCGAGGACGUGCUGCUGCAGCUGAAAGAUGGAAAGUUCUAUCUCGGAACGAUCGUUGAAGUGGACUUGGCCCAGGAAAGGUGCCUGGUUAAGUUCCUGGACAACACGUCCUCGUGGUCGAGUGUCAAGGAGCUGACCAAGUUGGGUACACCGGAUUCAAAUGUCAUGUGUGUGUUGUGUAAAAAAUUUAAGCCUAAGCCAGAUAAUGAUAUUAUUGUUUGUGACAAAUGCGGACGUGGUUAUCACCAACACUGCCACAAGCCUCAAGUAACCACGGAAGAAGCCAACGUAGACUCACACUGGAAGUGUAAAAGAUGCCAAGAAAAUAUACUCAAGACAACACGUGAUGGUCCUGACCCAAAGAAUUCCAUGAUCAAAGCUAACAUUAGGAAAGUUUGCAGUGGAAGAGACCAACCUCAACCACCGCCUGAAGACAUGACAAAAUUACCUUAUGAUCCUGAAAUGUUGAGUUGGGAUUCACAUCAUCGAGUAAACGCUGAACAAAUUUAUUGCUACUGUGGACUAAAUGGCGAGUGGUAUACUCAAAUGUUACAAUGCGCUAGAUGUAAACAGUGGUUUCAUGAAAAAUGUGUCAGCUGUUUGACGUUUCCUUUGUACAGUGGCGACAGGUUUUAUGUAUUUGUGUGUUCAACGUGCAAUUACGGAAAAGAAUUUGUACGGCGACUGGAAUUAAAAUGGGUCGAUCUCGUGCACCUGAUGUUGUACAAUUUGACCGUAUAUAAUGCUAAAAAGUAUUACGAUUUGGACUCUGUCAUCAUACCGUACGCAGCUGAAAAUUGGAACUUACUACAACUUCCACCAAGAAUCAGAGAUAUCAGCGCCCAUAUGCGUAGAGAAGCUAUACUCUCAAUAUUAGCCAACAAUCGAACUAGAUUUAAAUGUGGGCGUGAAAUAAAAAAACGUACUACUAUUUGGGGCUUGAGAGUAAGAUUACCACCACCUUGUCCAGUUGUUAAUUUACCAGUGACUGGAAUUAUUGAUGACUCUGUUUUACGUCGUUGUUGGGGAGCGAAUAGAAGACUACAAUAUCUUCCACCUCCUGGACCAGUGAUAUUUGCUGACAGCCCUAGCGCAAUUAAUACAACGAAUCAAGAAGCUACUGCCUUGGUAACUGAAGCUGUUAGCCCGUCAGAUAUCGUAACAAUGGGAACAGUAUUAUCGAAAGCCACUGAUGUUGAUCAAGAUACAUGCCCAACUCCUAGUACACAGGAUCAGUCGACAGAAUCUCUCCGAGAAAGGUAUAGCGGUGGUGGUUUUGUAAAAAAAUCAUUCCCGUUCCCAAAAUUAAAUUUACAAAGACGUAAACGAUUAAUGGCAUUGAAUAGUACACAUGAACGUAUGCUAAGAAAGCAUAAAAAGCGUGAUAAAGGCUGUGAGGAUACUAAAAAUCAAAUAGUACGUGAAGCGAGAUAUAAAAAAGCUAGAAAAUUACUCAAAAAUGCCAUCACUAAGAGAAAACCACUCCAGCGUACUCCAGAAGUACCAGACUUACCACCGACACCACCAACAUCGGUAUCAGGACCACCUACACCUCCAGCAACAACUUCAGCGAUCAGCGAGUUGUCAGUCCCGAGUUCCGUGGACUUGAUAUUGAACCUUCCUCAGCCGUCAGUGACUCCAGCAGACACCAGCGGCGACGAGACCAGCUCUCGAGGCACCCUGGACUCCUUCAUCCCCCCACCGAAAGACUUCGAGGGUAAAAACAACCCGUUCCGCAAUCUCAGCGAGUUGCUGAGCACGCCGAAUAUUUCCAGCGCUAGCAAUUUAGUGCCAGGUACUUCAAGUACGCCGCUGCCCUUUCACCAUCAUCACCAUAAUUACCACAACUACCAACCACCGAUCACACUUCCGCUCCCAUUGACGCCGGUGAUACCACACCCGCCGCUGAUUCGUCCAGCGAAGCGACAGCUCUCCGAAAAGGACAUCAUCAUCGACCGGAACGGACAAGUAAAGCGACGUAGACAGCACCGUCGAGGCCGACCUCCCUCUCAGCCUCAGCAGUUCCAAGCGACGGCCACUGCCAGCAAAACUGCUGCCAUUCUACCGGCUCGCAACAGCGAAGUCAAGAAUGACUAUGUCAGGAACCUGAGGAGCUCCUUCAACAGUUCCUCCAGCAGCAGCACCAGCCAGAUCGGCAGCUGCGUUGACUACGCUCUCAAUGGCAGGAGGCUCAGACAGCGAGGCGCUGAUAAAUCCGCGGCCAGUCCUGCCAAUGCUGAAGCCCAGAAGAGGAGUAAUUUGACCAUGUCUAUGCCCUCUACAUCAGCGGCUUCUUCCUCCCCAAAAGUUUCUCCGAUAAAACAGUCGACUCCCGAUAUCUCGAUGGACGACCUCAAGUCUUCGGUUAAUAUGUACUUCGGUGCGGCGAAUCGCAUCGCUUCUGGUGAAAAGUUUGGUGUUAAAGCUAAGAGAUUAAGUAAAAGUGGUCAGUUGCAGUAUCUUAUCGAGUGGGAAGGCCCCAAUACAUAA